GUUUCUUUAGUGUCCGACGGUGCAUCGCACCAAUAACUCUGUUUGAGCGCCACGUUGCGCACCAGUGUAUAAUAGUGUGAAUUUGGCUAGCCAUUUGAUAAAAGCGGGAUUUUGCGCACUCAAAAAGUUAGUGGGAAAGAGCUUUUCUAAGUGCAAGAGCCAAUGGAGACAGCAGCGAUGACUGUGGAAGUUAGACCACGCCCUGGCGGACCGGUGUACCUCGACGUCGAUGGCUUGCGAAUCAACAAGCGCUUCUCGCCGACGGUGGUGCGUGGUGCUGUGCGUUACCAAGCCACUGCGAGUGAUACCUUUCUGCUGUCGUACCCAAAGUGUGGGACUCACUGGGCGCAGCAGAUAGCCUUUCUGAUCAGUCAUCGAGGCGUUCCACCGUCCAAUGCCCUGGAACUUCACAUGUACGCACCUUCGCUCGAGAAGUUUGGCGCCGAGACACUGGCAGAACUUCCCGACAGAGGCCUUAUUCGCUCGCACUUGCCCUACGACCUCGUGCCGAAGCAUCCUCAAGCAAAGUACAUUUUCGUGUGCAGAAACCCAAAGGACGUCUGCGUAUCAUUCUUCUACCACACGAAAUCACUGCCGGAGUGCGGCUUCGUAGACGGCAAGUUCGAAGACUUCUUCGAGAUUUUUAUGGAAGGUAAAACCGAUUUCGGUGACUACUUUGAGCACGUACUGCCGUGGUACCGACGCCGUGAUGAUGAUAAUGUACUGUUCCUAAACUAUGAGAACAUGAAGAGUGACCCUAGAAGACAUGUCCUCGAGAUGGCUGCCUUUUUGGACAAGGAUCGUUACGACGAGCUUUUGCGGAAGGAAAGCAUGUUGGCUGAUGUUCUGAAGUACAGUAGUUCGGAGUGCAUGAAAAUGGAAGCCUCGAACGGUCAUGCUGCACAAUCUAGAAAAUGUACUUCAAAGGCCACUGUACCGGAGAUUAUGCGCGUUUUGUUUGAAACACCCGGUUCGAUUAGAGAGGUCAGUAACGUAGUACGUUUCGCACGCACCGGUGGCUGGAAGGAGCACUUCACAUCAGAGAUGAACGAAAGGAUGGAAAAGAAGAUUCUCGAAAAGUUUGCACAAACUGAUCUUAUCUCCCUGUGGAGGCAAUACGGGAUUAUCUCGUGAGUUUAGACCUCUCGGUCCAUUCUUCAUUUUGUCAAGUACCCAAACAACGUCAUUCUUGUUCAAAUUUCAGCGAGAUCGCGUUCUUCAUUGUUUUAUCUAUGUUACAUCGUUGAAAAGCGUAUAUAUUUGAAUCGCUUUCCAGGAUUCGCAAUGUUCAUUUUGAAAGCUUUACGGCAGUCUUUGAGGUUCUUAUUUCUUCAAUAGCUUGUUUGUUUUUGCUUCAUUCCUGCGCAUGUUUUGUAAAUAAAAGCAAAACUAUCUGUUC